AAGAAUUUAGAAUAAAUUAGACUAGAUGAAAUCUAAAAAUUUAAAUCAAAACACCUUAAUUGAAAUAAAGUGAACAUGUUUCAAAUCCCCCACCCAAAGGCCCAAACCAAACAAUAAAAAGAGAAAGUAUGGGUCAUACAUACACUCACAGUCUCACACAUCAAUUCACUCUCCAGUCAAAAUUCCAAGAAGCAUAAAAGCAAAAAAGCGGGGAAAAACUUUUCCUCCAGAAAAAUAAAAGAAUCCAAAAAAAAAGCCCUCGAAUUAAAAGCGUUGGUAGCAUCUUCAUUCUCUGGUUGGUCCCUCCCCUCAUUUUCUCUCUCCUCAAUUUUUUCUUUCUCUCUCUCUAUUUCAUACUUAAUUUACACUCACUUCUUGUGCUGAAGCUUUCAGACACACCUUUCACCUUUGCUGUGUGUGCUGUUUCACUUCCCUCUUCUUCAUUCUCGCAUUUACUGCCACCAUUUCUCUACUCAUCAUCACGUACAAGUAACAAGUAACAAGUUACAACCACCUUUUCUUCCACACUUUUCAAGAACAACGCUCUCUCUCAACUCUCAAGCUCGAGGAUGAGCAAGAUGUGCUUAAAUGAGGUGUUUGUUGGUGGAACCAAAGUGUUACUAGCCAAUUGAGAUUAGAGAGAUAGAAGAGUGAGUGAGUGAGUGAGAGAGAGAGAGAGGUGGAAAUGGAAGGAAGGAUGAAGAAGUACCGAGAAGUGAGUCCAGAAAGAGCAAAAGUGUGGAAAGAGAGGUCACCAAAAUACGUGCAGAAUCGUAAAGUGCCGGUGGUUUAUUAUCUAUGCCGGAAUCGUCAGCUUGAGCAUCCUCAUUUCAUUGAAGUACCUAUCUGUUCUCCUGAGGGUCUCUAUUUGAGAGAUGUAAUCGAGAGGCUUAACAAUUUGAGAGGGAGGGGAAUGGCUUCAAUGUAUUCAUGGUCUUCUAAAAGAAGCUACAAGAGCGGGUUUGUGUGGCAUGAUCUAUGUGAAGAUGAUCUCAUACUUCCAGCUCAUGGAGAUGAGUAUAUUCUCAAAGGUUCUGAGAUCAUUGAAGAUUCCAACUCAGGUCGUUUUAGCCCAGUUGCUGUUUACAGGAUGCACAACUUAAAGCAGCUGCCAGAACCACCUACUAGUAGAAGCGAAGAGGAUACAUCACCUUCUAUGAGCACAGAUGAAAAAGAAACAAAACUUCCUCGUGAAGAUGAGAUGUCCACUCCAUCUCAACGUUCUGGUUCGUCAGCUGUUUCACCUGAGUCAAGAGCGGGAAGCCACUCUCCUUGGGGUGCUUCCUUAAGUCUGACAGAAUACAAGGUACCCAAGAGUGAUGGUGCAACUGAUGCUUCGACUCAGACAGAGGAAAACGUGAGACAAGCGAAGCACAAAGAAACCUGUACGCGAGGUGUCUCUACGGAGGACGGCACGAUAGAUAAUGAACAGCAUGAACAGCAUGAGAACACCCAGACUCAUGCUGAUAGUACAAAGCAGAAUUCAGAGAUAUGUGGAAAUUCUAUUUCACCGCUUUCUUCCUCAAGUGCAUCUUCAUCUGGUGGGAAGGCUGAAACACUGGAGUCAUUAAUUAGGUCUGAUUUGAGCAAAAUUAACAACUUCAGAAGAGUUCAAGAGGAAGACAUGCAGAUUCCAUCCAGCACCAGAUUGAAAGCAUCAAGCAUGUUGAUGCAGCUGAUUUCUUGUGGAUCAAUAUCAGUGAAAGAUCAUAGUUUUGGGCUGAUCCCUAUUUACAGACCAAGGUUUUCUGAUUCUAAAUUUCCAUCCCCUCUAUACUCUACUUCAGUGGUGUUAGGUGAGCUUGAUUGUUUGUCAGACAACUCAAGAAUAAUGGGUCUCAGAUUGGAAGAUAAGGAGUAUUUCAGUGGAAGCUUGGUUGAGACAAAAAUUCCAAAGGAACAAGGGGAUGGGAGUACUCUGAAACGGUCUUCCUCAUACAAUGGUGACAGAUUAUCUAAGAAGCUGGAUUCAGUUGAUAACAAUGAAGAGGCAAUCUCCACAAAGACGAAAUGCAUUCCAAGGUCAAUCAAAGCCUCUCUUAGCAAGCCUAGAAGUGAAUCAUUGAGAUCGCCCAUUUCAGAUAAGCCUAGGGUUUCCUCUGAUGGAGGCCGAGAAUCACGCAUCAUAUCUCAUGAUGGAGCAAAUGGUGGCAGUAAAAGGAUCUCGGAGCCUUCCUCUGGGAAGAAUCCAUCGACGAGAGUAAAUUCCUUCAGAGAGGAGGAGAAGAUCAUUAAAAUUGAAGAAAGCUGGCUUCAGGAGCCCGGAUUAUAAUUCAAUCAAAAGAGUGCUAAUGUUGCCUGCUGUAAGUCGUCGCCUUCCCGAACAAUCAAGAUUUUUUCACUUGCAUUCAAAUGCCAAUCAGUGGAUUAUUUGGUAUGACAAUGAGAAGAUCCUGUAAAAAUGAGUUAAGGGUGAAAAUGAGGUAAAAGAAUCUCUUAGUUGAUGUGGUCCUCCUGCUGUAAAAUAUAGAGCUGAUUUUCACUUUGUUAGUUGGUUGCCUUGAAGCUGUUAAGAGCACUGUAGUGCUGCAGUGAAAGUACAUUCCUAUUUCUCUGCAAUUGCUAUCCUGUGGGCUCUGUUUCAUAAACAGUUUUAGCUUGCAACUGCAAAAAGUAUGGAAAAUCAGCAUCUUGUCCAUUUGUUAAAUUUAAUUCUCAAAGGAAAGAAAGUUUUGUUUUUUCUCUUUUCUUAUGGAAAA